CUCUGUCACAGCCUUGGUCUCCAGUUGUAGUUGCUGCCUUCUGCGAUUCUGCAAAAAAAUUCCAGAAUGGCCCUUUUAAUUUCAUUCUUAAUUGGGAUACAGCUGUUUCACGCAGCGGUUUCCGUUCCACUUCCCCAGUUUCUUCACGCAUCAUGCAACUCUCUGGAGGUAAAGACUGCAGCAGAACUGGCCCUCAACAAAGCCAAUAAAUAUAAGACAGAAGGUUACGUUAUUGGCCUGCAACGCAUUUUUGAUGCCCACAAAGCAACCGAGGGUGAUGAUUCUGUUUUCUUCCUCACUUUGGAUGUGUUGGAAACCAAAUGCCAUGCCUUGAGUAGGAAAUCGUGGAAAGAGUGCGAGUUUAGACGUCCGUACGAGACUGUCUUUGGCCAAUGCAAAGUAAUAAUUAAAGUCAACAAGAAUUCAAAUGAUACGUUCAUGUACAGAAAUGACUGCAUUUUACACCCUCAUUCUAGUCCUUCUUGCCCUGGCUGUCCAAUUCGCCAAAAUCCAUCUGAAGAGAGGUUUCAGGAAAUAGCAAGAGAAAGCCUGGCCAAAUUCAAUGCUGAACAUGAACACGAUCAUUAUUUUGCCAUUGUUAAGGUCACCAAAGCAACUUCACAGGUGGUGCAUGGUAUUUUGAACGCUAUAGAAUUCACCAUCCAUGAGACUUCCUGUCGUAAAAGUACACCUGUGUCUAACCUCACUCAAUGCCCUCUCCUCCCAUCUUCAACUGCAGAGAGAGGCCUGUGCAAAGGCUCUGUGAUAGGCAGAGCGGAUGAAGAUUCCAAAAUUUUCACUGCAAAUUGCCAAUUAUUUCCACAUGCGUCCGAGUCGGAAGAACAAGAGAUACAUCAUGUUACUUCCACAGACACACCAACAAAACAGAAGGAAGCAGAGGUACCGGCGGUCACCCAUCAUCCUCCGAGCAAGCGUGCUGUGCCGGAUGUUCAGGAGCCAAAUCCAACCUUUUACCCCACUCAUGUUUCUCAUUUAAGCAAGUCAGCCAUUCCUUCCUUCCCCAAAGGACUUUCACAAUCACCUUCUUGCCCAGGUGAGGUUGCAAUACAGAUUCCUGGUCUUCAACUACCUUCACAACCAAAUGAUGAACUUAUCUAAACAAAGAGUGAUGUACAACACUGAAAACUUUAUUCGGAAAUCUUUCCUCCCUCCCUCCUUCCCUCCCUCUCUCCCUCUCUCCCUCCCUCCGUUCCUAUCGCAAGAACAGCAACUGCUUUUCUGCUCAAGAAAAUAUUAAAAACAUUCAAUAAAAGAAA